CUCUAGGCACAACUAAGAGUACGCCGUGAGCGAAACCAGCUCACAGGUAUUAUGCAGCUAACGAAAAGGACAAAAUUGUUCCCGAAAAACGACAAUUUUUUUUUUCACCUCACAGUAGGAAAAGAGCCCAUAGGACGCUCGCAAAAAAAAAAAAGCCAACACUCCCCCAAAACCCACUCUCGCACCCAUCUGUUCCCCAACGGCGCUCAAGAGCGUACAUAUCUUGCGCUCACUUGAAAAUAUAGUGGGCAGAUGGAAGACUAUUCGUGGGCGCUGAUAGAGAGCGACCCCGGCGUGUUCACCGAGCUGAUCGAGAGCCUGGGCGUCAAGGGCGUCCAAGUCGAGGAAUGCUGGGAAUGUAGCGAAGAAGAGCUGCAACGGCACAAACCUGUCUACGGGAUCAUCUUCCUCUUCAAGUACGGCGGCGAGACCAAAGGGAUUCAAAUCCCUCAGCCCAAGUACGUCGGCGACGUGCCCAAUCUCUUCUUUGCCAACCAGGUCAUCAACAACGCCUGCGCCACCCAAGCGAUCCUGAGCAUUCUGAUGAACAUCAAGGACACCAACUCGGUCGACCUGGGCCCUAUGCUGACCGAAUUUAAGAAAAACGUCGCCGACUUGCCGUCGAAAAUCAAGGGUGUCGCCAUCGGUAAUCACGAGGAAAUACGAAAAGUCCACAACAACUUUCACAGAACGGAAAGCAUCACUGUGACCAAGGAGGCACUCCAUUCAGAAGACAUCUACCACUUCAUCAGUUACGUCCCAUUCGAGGGCCACCUAUACGAGCUGGACGGACUCAAAUCUGUCCCUAUCGACUGGGGCGAGGUCACUGAAGAAGACUGGCUUGCCAAAGUCAUCCAAAUCAUUAAAACGCGAAUCUCCCGGUAUCAAGAAGGCGAAAUACACUUCAGCCUCAUGGCCGCGGUUGGAAACAAAAAACAACUCUAUGAAGCGGAAAUCAAAAAACUCAAACAACUGAAAUCGGAAAUACUGAGCACUUGUCCUGCCGAUUCGGAAUCGAAACUGGCCGAAAUCGAAUGCGAAAUCUCGAACUACGAAGAACAAAUAUUAAAUCAACAAUCCAUGUUCCAAAGUUGGCGAGCAGAAAAUGCCAGGAGAAGACAUGACUACAUCCCUUUCCUCUACAACUUGCUCAAAAUCCUCGCAGAAAAAGACAAACUGCUCCCGCUCAUUGACAGAGCAAAAAUGUCAGCCGAAAAAAAAUCUGCCAAAUCUUAAAAAACUUUUUUCGUAUGCUUUUUCUAGACACAUCCAGGUAACUCUUUCUUCUCAAGAUACAGACCGUACAAUGCAUCCAACGCGU